AUGUUUGAAGGUCGGGAGGACAGAUGUUUGUCCUCUUGCCAGUCUCUGCAGGUGGUGAGUGGACUCCUCAGUGUCGGAGUGGGCCUUCUGUUCGCCGUGACGCAGAACAUGCAGGAGUCCCUCUUCACCAUGUUCAGAGUUUCACAUCUUACCGGAGGACUCUUCAUCAUCGCUGGACUUCUUUCCAACUUGUUGUUCAAAUAUCCGGUGUUGCUGACGGUGUCUUUCGCCGUUAACUGUGGCUGCAUCGUUGUGUCUGUCAUCGGAGCGGCUCUGAUAGGUGUUGACCUGGCUCACUGGACCCAACAAAACAAGGAGCCUUUAAAAUUGGAGGUGUUGCAGCUCUGCGUGUUGGUGCUCGAGGUCGUGCUCUCCGCCGUCCUCUGCUUCUGGUUCUUCAAAGAGAAACCGGCUAAAACUCCAUGA